AUGAAUAAAUUCACACUCACAUUCUAUCAUAAAGAUCUUGAAAUGCAAUAUCAAACAACAAGAAUUUUUAUGAGGAAAAGAAUCCUUUACACAAUACUGUUUAGUUACCUUAUUAUGAAUACAAUGUCCUAUGUUCAAAAUAUCAUUGAAAAAAGCAAUGAAUUCCUAAUUUAAUUAGAACUUCUAUUGAGUUGUUUCCUUGUCCUUCUUUAUUUAAUAUAUUGUUACAUGGACAAUAAUUUUAGUUAUUACUUUUGUGUUUUAAAUGUAGUUGGAUGUAUGAUGCAAUUCUAACUAUUAAAUUACUAAUCAGGGUAAAAAAUAUUCAUAUUUGGUGCAAAUCUUAUGGCAAGUUAAAUGAUACUCUUACAAAGAUCAGAUUUCAUCUUAUCCGUUAUUUAAAUAUUUAUUAUUGCUUUUACAAGAAUAACCCUCUUGAUUCUUCUUGAAGAAAUUGACUAUUUAACAAUUUUUACAACAAUAUCAAUAUCAAUUUUUUUGGCCUUUGUUUAAUUUAGAAGUGAUAAAAAUAGAAGAUAACAAUUCUUGUUAACUCUAAAAAAUAAUCAUUGGGGUACUUAUUUGAUUUAAUAUAAGAUGAAUAUUUGCCUAGUAUGAUAGGAAAACCGUUUUUUUAUUUUGAAUACGAUCACACUCAAUUUCUAAUUAAAAAGAUUCAUAGACAAAAAGACAUACCAAUUUAUAAAGAUGAAUUAUGUGAAGGAUGUAAUCUUAGAAAUCUUUUGAGAGAAUACUCUUAUUAAAAUUAGACUUUAGAGUCUUAUAUUUUGAAAAGAGCAAAAAGUAGAGUACCUCUAAUUUAGGGAUUUGAAAUGAGUUGUCAGAAUAAGAAAAAAGGCAUUUUAUUUAUUGAAUAUACAGAGAUAUUUAGCGAUGCUCAUAUUUAUAUCAUAACUAUAAUUUAGUAAUCUAAAAAUAGCAAUAAAGUUCUUAUAAAAUAAAAGUAAGCGUUUCAAGUAUAUCUUUUUAAAUACAUAAAAAAUUUAAUGAAAAUCUUUAAUCAUAGAAAUUCAUUCACCAAAAUAGUAAAUCUUAAUAUUAAUUACAUUUGUCUUCUAUAUUAAUAAGAUCAAACAAUUAAAAGAUAUAUACCUAAAUCUAUUCUACUUAAAAUUAUCAAAUUAAUUAAUAACAAAAGUAGAUAAUGCAAUAUUUAAAUAAUUUGUGACUAAGAUAUAGAGAUUCAAGGAUACAAAUAUAAAUUCAUAAGUUUUUGGUUAUAAAUUGUAAAUUUGGCUAUUUAGAUUAAUAGAAGAGAAUAAAUUUAAAUAAUUAUUGUAAAAAUAGAUUGUUAUAUUGAAUUUGUAAUAUGUUUAAGUCAAAUGGCUAAAUAAUCUUUAAUAUUCUGGAUAAGUUAAAAUAAAUUCAUGUAAAAUUUGUAAAAUGAAUUAUUUUGGGAUGUGGAUAUAAAUAAUUUAAGAUUAAAAAUGUUUUAAGAUUUAGAUAUUUCUUAUAUACAGUAUUUAAAAUGUUGA